AUGUUUAUUCGUUGCUGUGGCCCAAACAUGAGGAUAACCAAUGUUCGCUAUGGCCGCAUCGUGUUCAUGGCGUCUGCCACCAUUUUGGUUCUUUUCAUGUUCCUCUUAGCACAAUUCAGCCUGCGAGCUUCUGGUGGCAAAGGGAUCAUGGAUAGAGCUAAACAACAUUUUCAUCACUGGUUUCAGAAAACUGUUUUCAAGCACAAUUGGGAAGAUAUCCACUGUAGAAGAAAACAUGCCAAUGAAACUACUGUAGAAAAGAGCUGGAUUCCUGAAUUGGCUAAACAACUAAAUUUAAAGGAUGGUACCUCUGUGUUUGACAGCAAUACUGGAUGUAAUGAAUGGCUGACUCUUCUGAGGAAGGAAUACCCGAAACUCAUCAUCGGCGGUGCCCACGCAGAUCAAUACGCCGUGGAUUAUGCUAAAAGGUUGUUCAAUGAUACUCCAGCCACUUUUGGAACCAUUAGCUCUGAUGGAAAACUGAACUUUCUCGGAGAUAAAACACAAUUUUCGCAUGUUAUUAACUAUGGAGGAUUACGACAGCUGGGUGAUAAGGAGAUACAGUGUAAUCUCGUGAGAGAAUUACUGCGCAUACUAAAGCCAGGAGGUUCAAUGUACCUUGGUCACAAUGUGGAAAAGACAGAGUGUAAGUUGAUAGAUAAAUUCGCUAAAAUCUCUCUACCUGGAUGCUACUGGUCAGAAACUUGUCUGAAAAACAGAACUGAUGUCGCUCUAAUUUAUUACAUCAAGGAAAAAGAUCUGUUUGGUGCCCAUGCACAGAUUGACGAUUGUUAUACUGCAGUAUUCAUUCACAAGAAAGUUAUUAUUUCUCAAGGAAAUGAUGGACGCAAGGAACCAGAACCACAUUACCAGCCACAUGCAAAUAUGUAUUUUUGUGAAACAAAGGAGUCUGGUAACAUUGUCAAUAAACUAAAAGAACUGGCAAUGCGUACAGACCUUGUUUUCCCUGGAAGUCUCAGCAAGGGGUUUGAACUGGCCAAAAGAAUGCAUGAAAAAAUUAAAGGAAAUAUUUCAAACAUUUUACAAUGAUGACCAACUUGAACACAGUGCAUCUCAAUAUCAAAUUACUGAGAAAUUAGUUUUUCUGUUGUAUACAUUUCUUGCUUAACUGUACUUUCUUCUUUUAGCACAGAUAUUUGUAUAUUCUCCACUAGCGAGUUUCAAGGUUGAGUCAGGAUUUAUAGAUGGGCAUUUUAAAUUCUGCCAUAGUGACAUCACUACUGAUCAUGAAAUAGUCACCACCCUUCUUAGGACAUUCUCCCUAGAUUCCUGAGUCUUGUAUAUAACUUGUAGAUUAAAGAGUCAAUCUUUAAUUUCCUUCUCUUUUCGCUUUUUCUUGAGUCAGAAAAUCACAAUUUUUUUACAUGUCAUUGAUGUUGAGGAGAAUGUCUAUAAUAAUGCCAAAAAGAUGUUAUAGGUCCUAAAUUAAUAUGAUUAGGGCCUAAUGUUUUAUCAUGGAAUGUCAUAUUAAAAAGCUCAAUAAUACUAUUUAGAAGAAGGCAAGUGCUCAAUGUGGAUAAAGAACUCUAUGAUGAAAAAGAAAAAAAAAUUGAGUAUUUCUGAAGAACCUGUAAUAACCUAGCUUGUGUCUGUCUGUUGGAGGAGAAAGGAGCCACUCCAAUGAGCUUUUUUAAGUUUUUGAUGAUAAAGUCAAGGCUAACACUUCUGAGAAAGAGAUCCUAAAGUUUCUAAGCAGCAUAUUGAGGUGAUCCUGAUGUUAUUUAUCAGAUAGUUCCCAGUCUACCUCCUUCCACAAAAGUCACUUGACCAUGGUGAAGAAUUACCUUUAGGCUCAGAUCAUGGAAAGAGCUUAAAUCAUGGGAUUAUAUGAUUAUUAUUCUAUACUGAUUGACACAGAGAAAGCCGUAUAGUUGCUAUUGGUAAUAAUUUUUCAAACUGACCAUGUUAUUAUCAUCCAGGGACUUCUUCAAUUUUUUUGGCAUGGAAGAAAUAUGCUAUGCAAAUCAUUUUGCCAUUGAAAGUUUAAAUUUGAGUGAGUAUCCCAACCUUUUGAAAAUUGACUUCAAAUGUAUCUAAAAAUUUAUCUUGAGACUGCCAUUUUUAAUACUGCCAGGCUGUAUAUCAGUCUGCUUACCAUCUCAAACAAUCUUUUCAGUGAGGAGGAGCUAAGCAUAGAGACAUUGCUGAUGUUUAGCACAUCUGCAGGGAGUUUUAUCAUUUGGAGUACUCUUUUUAAUCUAAUAAUAUUACAUAGGUACCUCAUAUAGCUUAGUUUGAGGUCCAUAAUGUAAGUUACUGAACAAAUUUUUAUCCUUGGAUUUAUGGACCAGGGGUGAAGCACCUAGGCUUAAAUCCAAGUGAAAAAAAAAGGUUUACUAGUGGAGAUGAAUGAUGUAUGGUUUCUGGAGAAACUUUCUCUCUAAUGAUUGCCCAUUAGAAAUAUGAUGUGAGGUAAAGGGGAAGGGUGGAGGGAGAACAAAAAAGUUAAUGCAAGCAAAGUUAAUUGGAAAAACAAAUUCAUGCACACCACACUGCUGGAAAAAAAUAUGUGCAUAUAGAGAGAUAACCAAGAUAAAACAGGGAGCCAAAGAGCCAAGCUUCCAUAGCAGAAGAAAUAGAAAAUGAGAUAUGUGACUAACUCAGAUCUUUAACAUUCUCAGUUCAACAAAACUCUUUCACAAGGGAGUGAAAGAGGUUUUGGGUGUGAUGUGGUAUUUUUUAUUUUCAUGACAUGUGAAAAUAUGAAAUUAAAACCCUG